AUGGCCUCGAGCAAUGCAAGUGGGAAAGGAAAAGGAAAAACUCUCGAUCCAUCUUCCGCUUCUGCUCCUACUUCCCCUACAGCUGUACCUCCAGCGCGAACAACUUCAAAUGACAAACCAAGCCGACAAGACGAACAGCCUACUCCUUCUCUUCUCAACCGUAUUGGUGCUUCGGCAGCAGGAUUGGGUCGGGAUGUUUUUGCGGGAGGAGCUGGUGUUGGUGGAGAGUCAUUGAGGAGAGAUGCGCAGGGGUUACUUAUCGCGGCUGGGAAUGGGAAGGGGGGAAGUACGAGUGCGAUUGCGGGUGGAAAUGGAAAUAGAAAUGUAAAUGGGGAUGUAGGAUAUACGCAGGUGCACAGUGGAAAUCCUAGGUUAAUGGAUGGUACUUCUUCAAUUUCUGGGGUUGGUGGGGAUACUCUUGGGAUGAGGAGUGCGGGGAAUAUGGGGACUAGUAGGAGUGGUAUUCCAGGAGCUGGAGGGAGUGCAGAGGUGAAGGGGAAGGCAGUAGGAGGGGAUGAGAGAGCGAGAUGGAUACAGCAGAAUGAGCAUGCAUUUUCCGGGUUUUUGGAUAGUGUUCCUUCUCUUACUCCUGCGGGCGAUUCGGGGCUUGGGGGUGAUGAUUCAGAAUCUUCCAAUGGGAUGCAUGAGAGCAUUCCGCAAGUCGCGCUGGGCGAUAUAUUUCAGUAUGGCGCUCCUUCGAAUAUAGUGGGGAAACAAGCUCUCGAAAAUUCAUGGGCUCGAUCUGCACAGCGAGCCAAUAAUCAGCGUGAGGGUUAUUCUGAGCCUCGCGCUGUAAAUACACGAGAACCAACGAUGUACCAUUUCGAGCCAUUGCCAGCCUUUCAUCCGGAUAAAAUGACAACGGCGGAAUAUCGUCGAGAAGGUGUGAAUACGAUUUCUCAUAGAGAUGCCGGGGACAUGAAUAUCAAUCACCACAAUAUAUCCGUGCAAGAACAGGAAAGUAGAGAUGGAGAUGAAGUACGCGAUUUGUUAUCGAGAAUCGGAGGGGUUUCUUUUGAUGAGGAGAUUUCUGGGAUGGAUCAGGGAAUGAGCGAGGCGGGGAUAGAGAGAGAUGAAAUUAAAGCUUAUGAGGAGGAAUGGAUGGGGAUGAGUUCUGUGGAACGGGAGAGGAUUAUACAGGCUACGAGGGAUUUAUUUCCGGAGGAGGUGAAGAAUGGAGAGGGGGUGGUACAUGGAGGGAUUGAUGUGGAAAAUUCGCUUAAUUUGUUUCCGAAUCAUGAGAGGGGGGCGGAGGAGAGGUGGAGAGGUGAGAGGGAGAGGGAAAUGCAAAGAGAAGAUGGAGAAGAAGAUGAUGAUGAUGAUGAGUUCGAAGGCGAAGUAUUGAAUUUCCAGGGAAUAGAGUGGAGAGCGAGGAAAGAAAAGAAAAAUGGAGAGACGAAUAAAGGGAUAAAAGGAAAGGCGAAAAAAGAGUGGAAAAGUGAUUGGGAGGGUGUACUUCAAGGGUAUGCAGAUGAAGUGUGGGGGGGGUUAAUGCCGCUAGUUCGAGAAGCGCGAGAGGAAUUGAAAGUCGAAGAGCAGAAGGGUGAUGGGGGACAGGGGAAAGAGAUGGGAAAUUUGAAAGCGCUGAGGAGAUUGGGUGCUGUGUUGGGACAUUUGAGGGGGUUGAAUGGGAGUGGGAAAUAA